AAACUAAUGCAUUUAGAAAUUUAGAUUAUAGAUUGCAUAUUGCAUUGGAUUGUUCACCAAUUAAUUAAGCGAACAUUUUUUUCCAUAUUUUCAAUUAUUAAUCCCUACUUGUUAACGUAAUGUCACGCUUACGCAGACAAAUUACGUUAAAAUUUUGAAUUGUAGUAGCCGGAACAGAUGCCGUGGAGUCUGUAGUGAGGACGCUCUCUGAAUUUUACACACGAGCGCGUUUCGUUUAGUGCAGCCGCUCCAACUUUUGCCUCCAAAGUCUUUGGCGGGGGGGUGGUUUGAUAAUUUGUCAUAUAAAUCAGACCCAUGACAUUUCUCCGUUUUGGGAUAUUGAUUGCGUGCGCGACUGUUCCUAAAUCAGUACAUGUUUAACAACGAUUUUUAUUUUUUCAUUUAAAUUUGUUAAUUUAAGUUUAUAAAUCAAAAGAAGCUCCGCCAGCAUGCAUUGCUAAAUAUGGGCUGGGUAGCAUGUCGAAAACCUGCUUUUAGGUGGCAGUUUUCCGUCUUUUUCGAACAUAUUCUACUGCUGGAGUGUGUCUGAUUUAAUUGAGCCUCUGUUUCUUUGUAAUGACAUCAGAUUUGGAGACCCCUCACCACCCCUCCACGCUCCCCCUACCCUACUCGUUAGCAGGAAGCUUAUUGGUCCCUUGCUGGCAGUAUGAAAGACAAUAACAAUUUCCCUCAGACUUGCCCCCUCAUUGUCGAGCCCGCUAUAAAAACCUGUCGCCAUGCCCAAGGUUGCAAUAGGCCGUCAGUACUGAUUUGGAAUAACAAGGCGAGUUGUGAGUGACACUUUCUUUGCUCUGUGCUGCGCUCUCGCUCUCGGACAAGUUGUGUACAUUGAACUGAAGACCAUGGACUCCGAUACCAGUCGUGUGUCCAGCAGGCCGUCUUCACCAGAGGUGGAAGAUAUUUUUAUGUCUACAGUUAGAAAGACAGGCGGCUUCUCUGGCGCUGUCUCCUCCACGCAAAGCGACUCUCCACCGGAGCUGAGCGCCGACCUGCGGAGUCUUUCCAGCAACGAUGAGGACGCGCUCACGCUGAAAAUGCUUUCAAAGAAGGACAGAAAGCUUCUAUCAGAGACCGAACUUCAAUCGAUGAGGUUGAAGAUCAACAGUCGGGAGAGGAAGAGGAUGCACGAUCUUAACAUCGCAAUGGACGGGUUACGAGAAGUGAUGCCCUACGCUCACGGUCCUUCGGUGCGCAAGCUCUCCAAAAUUGCCACUCUCCUCCUGGCGAGAAACUAUAUUUUGAUGCUCAGCAACUCUCUGGAAGAGAUGAAGCGGCUGGUCAGUGAAAUCUACGGAGGCGGUCACCACGGCGGGUUCCACCCAUCAGCUUGUGGGACUCUGUCGCACACUGGUCCUUUGCCCGGCCACCCCGCCGUUUCCCACGCAUCUCACCCGGUUCACCACCCGCUCCUACCGCCAGCAGUCUCGACCGCGUCUCUUUCUGCGCCCGGCAUUUCGGCCGUCACCUCGGUCAGACCUCACCACGGACUGCUGAAAGCGCCCUCCGCGACCGCGGGUCCACUGGGCAGUAGUUUCCAGCACUGGGGCGCGGGGAUGCCCUGUCCGUGCAGUAUGUGCCAGGUGCCUCCCCCACACGUCCCCGGCAUGAGCGCAGUCAGCAUCCCCAGGCUCACCGCUGACUCCAAAUAGCUCCAAAAACUUUAUUGUAAACGAGAGAAAGAAGGGAAAAACGAACUGUCUUGUGUCACUUUGUUCGAGUGAUACCUCCGAUGUAGAACUUUCUAACAAUUUAGCUCGUUUAGUCUGGUUUUUUUUGUUCAAUUAUUAUGUAAUGUCAAGGGAAACGAAACUGUAUUGUUUUAUAUAUUUUAUUAUAUAUAUUUUUCAAUUUCGAUGACCUUAUGCAACGUCAAACAUGGAAUAUUUAGCCCCACUGAAUCACUGCAUCAACCACUUUAAUAAUCUAUUAGACUGCGUGCGCAUUUUACUGUUUGAUGUACUCACUUGUUUGUAAGUUCCUUUGUGCAUAUUUCAUCUAUUGAUAGAACCUCAUAAGGUGCGGGUAACAAUUUUAAAAAGUGAUAUUAAAUAUUCUAGUUGGAUUCGAUUGUGCUUAACGACUGGUAAUACAAAAAAUGAAGAAGAAAAAAAAACUCCUUAAUAACACGAUUGAAAGGGUCAUGUCUACUGUGUAAAUAUUUAGAGCCAGAAUUCUGCUUAUAUAGUAUGGGAGAGGGAGAUUACCUAGAUCGGCCUCUUUUCAUGUGUUUCUGGUCAUCUUUUCAAUCUUUUAUCUUAGUUAUGCUUCUCAACUCACUGAUGUCACGCUAGCCGUAUCGCAAGUGUUCUGCACAUUCUGUCCCGUGUCUGCCCAAGUUCCCCCGAAUGUUUAUUUAAUGUCUUCCGUGCUAAUCCUCAGCCCUUGCCUGGCCGGAGCCUACCCCCUCUUAUAUCUGAUAGUGUUUUCCACAAGCAUGCUACUGUCACUGCCCGACGCAAAGAAUGAUCGCCUCUUUAUUUUUGUAUAAAAGUGUUAAAUGAUAUUUAUUUACUUAUUUCGCUGGACUUUUAAAUGAAUGAGUGAUAUGCUGGGAUUUUAAAUGUAAAUAAAAAAGCUAACUAAUAGUCGAA